AUGGAGGAAGAGGAGUAUUCUUCCUACCCACCAGUGUUCCGCCACAUCGGAGGCCACAGCUCCGCCGCCCACGGCGGCGGCGGCGCCAUCCUCCCUUCCGUUGACCUCCCGGUGGUGGACUUCCAGGACCUGCGGCCGGCGGCGCUCGGGGAGAUCUGCAGGGAAUGGGGGAUCUUCCGGUUGGUCAACCAUGGGAUCCCCCCUUCCCUCUCCCGCCGCCUCCACGACGAGGCCAAGCGGCUCAUCUCCCUCCCCUUCGAGCUCAAGCAGACCAGAUUCGCCGGCGACCCUGUCACCUACUUCUUUGGAACCCCCGCGGCCAGCCUCCCCCUCCGGGGAGUCAACUGGGUCGAGGGCCUCAACAUCCCCCUCGGCGGCGAGCUUCCCCCCACUUCCGCCGCCGGCGCCGACUCUUCCUACUUCAGGUAAAGAAAACUUCCGUUUCGAUUUUCUAGAGCACCCUACUCUCAUCGUCAUCUUCUACUUCUUCCUCUGAUCUCCCAAAUAGGGGCUUGGCGGAGGAAUUCGGGGCGCAGUCAUCGGCUGUAGCGAGGGAGCUGUUCGAAACCCUGGCGGAGGAUCUGGGCCUCGCCGGAGAACGGAGGGCCUCCUCCUUCUCAGGCGCCGGCAAGCUUCUCCGGCUCCACCGUUACCCCUUCUCCCCUCUCGCCGGCGGCCACCUCGGCAUGGACGCCCACACCGACAGCUCCCUCCUCACUCUGGUGAGCGACGGCGAUGUGGGGGGGCUCCAGAUUCUCCAUGGCGGAGCUUGGCUCGCCGUCGAUCCCCUCCCCGGCUCGCUCCUCGUCAACCUCGGGGACAUGAUGCAGGUAGAAUUAUCGAACCAGUUCAGUCCGAUUUUGUUGGAGGGGGAGGGGAGAGAAACCCUAAUUCCGAAUCUACAGGCCAUUAGCGAUGACCAGUUCAAGAGCGUGAAGCACAGGGUGCAGGCCAGCAAUGGCGAGGAGAGGAUCUCCAUCUGCUUCUUCGCCUUUCCCCCUGAAGAUCGCCCCAUUCGGAGCUCCAGAUACAGAGAAUUCACUUACAGAGACUUCAAAGCGAAGGUGCAGGAAGAUAUUCAAGCUGUCGGCUUCAAGGUCGGCCUCGAUCGGUUCCGGAUUUGA